GUUUGUUGUUUGUUGUGAUCCUUAUUCUCAAGCCCCACUAGGCCCAAUAGAUUUCCAACAAAAUUUCCGGCUUAUAUUUGCCAUGUUCUUCCUCUCUUUCUUUCCUUUUUAUGUAAGAUACACUUCUUCUCAGUCUGAUAUACCCCUGACACAAUAUCUCUCUGGUUGGUUAGAAUGGAGAUUGAGGUGGCUGCUAGUAGUUAUAGUACCAACGGUGGCGUUGGUGGUGGUGGUGGUUGUGAUACCAGUAGCAAUACCACUUCCCAAAGCAAUGCAGUCUCCUCAGUGGGUGGACAGGAGAGAGGUACAUAUGUGGUGUGGGAGAAUCUCACUGUGGUCUUGCCAAACUUUAGCCAUGGUCCAACAAAGAGGUUGCUUCAAGGGCUUAGUGGGUAUGCUGAACCUGGAAGAAUUAUGGCUAUUAUGGGUCCUUCUGGGUCUGGAAAAUCCACACUUCUUGAUUCACUAGCAGGUAGACUGGCGAGAAAUGUGAUAAUGACUGGAAAUGUUCUUUUUAAUGGGAAGAAAAGGAGGUUGGACUCUGGUGUGGCUUAUGUGACGCAAGAGGACGUAUUACUAGGAACUCUUACAGUCAGAGAAACCAUUACUUAUUCAGCAAAUUUGAGGUUUCCAACUAGCAUGACCAAGGAAGAGAUUUCUGAUGCCGUAGAAGGAACAAUCAUGGAGAUGGGUCUCCAAGACUGUGCUGAUAGGAUGAUUGGAAACUGGCAUUUAAGAGGCAUAAGUGGUGGUGAAAAAAAGAGGCUAAGUAUUGCCCUGGAGAUCCUCACAAGGCCCCGUCUAUUGUUUCUUGAUGAACCUACAAGUGGCCUUGACAGUGCAUCAGCUUUCUUUGUAAUUCAAACUCUUAGAAAUAUAACUCGCGAUGGAAGGACAGUUAUCUCUUCAAUUCACCAGCCAAGCAGUGAAGUUUUUGCACUAUUUGAUGAUCUGUUUUUGCUGUCUGGAGGUGAAACUGUCUAUUUUGGAGAAUCAAAGAUGGCAAUAGAGUUCUUUGCUGAAGCUGGUUUUCCAUGUCCAAAGAAAAGGAAUCCAUCUGAUCACUUCCUACGUUGUAUAAAUUCAGAUUUUGAUGCUGUAACAGCCACACUAAAGGGAUCUCAGAGAAUUCGUGAUGUGCCAGCAACAUCAGAUCCUUUGAUGAAUAUGGCAACAGCAGAAAUCAAAGCAAGGCUUGUUGAGAAAUAUAGGCGCUCCAACUACCCAAGAAAGACAAAAGCUAGGAUUAAAGAAAUAUCAGCUAUUGAAGGACUAGAAAUUGAAAUACGAAGUGGAAGUCAGGCAAAUAGGUGGAAGCAACUUUCAACAUUGACUAGAAGAUCGUUUCUGAACAUGUCCAGGGAUGUUGGAUAUUACUGGGCAAGGAUAGCAAUCUACAUAAUUGUUUCCAUUUGUGUUGGUACCAUCUUUCAUAAUGUUGGAUAUGGCUAUACUGCAAUCUUGGCUAGAAUAGCCUGCGGUGCAUUUAUAACAGGCUUCAUGACAUUUAUGUCUAUUGGAGGCUUUCCCUCCUUCAUUGAAGAAAUGAAGGUCUUUUAUCGAGAAAAGCUUAAUGGGUACUAUGGAGUUACAGUGUUCAUCCUGUCCAACUACUUAUCUUCUUUCCCAUUCUUGGUUGCAAUCGCACUUGCCAGCGGGACUAUAUGUUUUUACUUGGUGAAAUUUCGUUCGGGAUUUUCUCAUUACGCAUUUUUCUGUCUCAAUAUCUUUGCUUGCAUUUCUGUUAUAGAGAGCCUGAUGAUGGUUGUAGCUUCAUUGGUUCCUAAUUUCUUAAUGGGACUUGUUACUGGGGCUGGUAUAAUUGUAAGAUCGAAAUACUUCACUUUUAAGGCUUACUUAAUGUAUAUUAUUCAUUUCAUUGUAUCAGAACAUGGUCUUUUCUUGUCAUUCAUCCAGGGAAUCAUGAUGAUGACCUCUGGCUUCUUCCGGUUGCUGCCUGAUCUUCCCAAGCCAUUCUGGCGCUACCCUGUUUCAUACAUCAAUUAUGGAGCAUGGGGACUUCAGGGUGCCUACAAGAAUGAUUUCCUUGGCCUUGAGUUUGAACCUCUUGUGCCUGGUGAACCUAAACUCACAGGGGAAUUUAUCGUGACAAAUGUAUUUGGAGUUCCUCUAGAUCAUUCUAAGUGGUGGGACUUAUCUGUCAUAUUUCUGAUUCUUUUAGUGUAUAGGAUUCUAUUCUUCGUGGUUCUCAAGUUCAAGGAGAGGGCUUCACCAAUUGUGAAGGAUCUUUAUUCAAAGAGAACUUUGCAAAAACUUGAAAAGAGACCUUCCUUCAGGAAGAUGCCGUCUUUUGCUUCCAAGAGGCACCAACCUCUCCAUUCUCUAUCUUCUCAAGAGGGUCUAAACUCCCCGCUCCAUUAGAAGCAGUGAAGAGAAAAGUUAUGGCGGUGGUAAAUGGUAAUGUUGUAACAGUACAAUAUGUGUAAUUUAACUGUUAUUGCUCACACAGAAAGAGAUAAAUAUUGUUCUUAUAAACAUAUUCUUUCGAAUUGAGAAUUGAGAUAAUAACAAAGUACCAUAAGUGAAACAUUACCCAA